AGCUGCGGCCGCCGCCAGCAGUUUUCAUGUUUGGGAUUCAGGAGAAUAUUCCGCGCGGGGGGACGACCAUGAAGGAGGAGCCGCUGGGCAGCGGCAUGAACCCGGUGCGCUCGUGGAUGCACACGGCGGGGGUGGUGGACGCCAACACGGCCGCCCAGAGCGGCGUGGGGCUGGCGCGGGCGCACUUCGAGAAGCAGCCGCCUUCCAACCUCCGGAAAUCCAAUUUCUUCCACUUCGUGCUGGCGCUCUACGACAGGCAGGGGCAGCCGGUGGAGAUUGAAAGGACCGCUUUUGUGGACUUUGUGGAGAAAGAGAAAGAGCCCAACAACGAGAAAACCAACAACGGCAUCCACUAUAAACUGCAGUUAUUGUACAGCAACGGAGUCAGGACGGAGCAGGAUCUGUACGUCCGCCUUAUAGACUCAAUGACCAAACAGGCCAUCGUCUACGAGGGCCAGGACAAGAACCCGGAGAUGUGCCGCGUGCUGCUGACCCACGAGAUCAUGUGCAGCCGGUGCUGUGACAAGAAAAGUUGUGGCAAUAGAAAUGAAACACCCUCAGACCCUGUAAUCAUUGACAGAUUCUUUCUAAAGUUUUUCCUCAAGUGCAAUCAGAACUGUUUGAAGAAUGCAGGCAACCCUCGAGAUAUGCGGAGAUUCCAGGUUGUUGUGUCGACAACAGUCAACGUGGACGGCCACGUGCUGGCCGUGUCUGACAACAUGUUUGUGCACAACAACUCCAAACAUGGGCGGCGGGCCCGCCGCCUAGACCCGUCAGAAGGUACGGCCCCUUCUUAUCUGGAAAAUGCCACUCCGUGCAUCAAGGCCAUCAGUCCCAGUGAAGGCUGGACCACGGGGGGAGCGACCGUGAUCAUAAUCGGAGACAACUUCUUCGAUGGUCUGCAAGUUGUGUUCGGAACUAUGUUGGUGUGGAGCGAGCUGAUAACGCCCCACGCCAUCCGAGUCCAGACCCCACCGCGGCACAUUCCCGGAGUCGUCGAAGUCACCCUGUCCUACAAAUCCAAGCAGUUCUGUAAAGGUGCUCCUGGGCGGUUCGUCUACACCGCCCUUAAUGAACCAACCAUAGAUUACGGCUUUCAGAGGUUGCAGAAAGUGAUCCCAAGACAUCCGGGUGAUCCCGAAAGGUUACCCAAGGAAGUGUUACUUAAGAGGGCGGCAGAUCUCGUGGAAGCCUUAUACGGGAUGCCCCACAACAACCAGGAGAUCAUCCUGAAGCGAGCAGCUGACAUCGCCGAGGCGUUGUACAGCGUCCCUCGCAAUCACAACCAGAUCCCCACCCUGGGCAACACUCCCGGGCACACCGGCAUGAUGGGUGUGAACUCCUUCAGCAGCCAGCUAGCCGUCAACGUGUCCGAGACAUCACAAGCCAAUGACCAAGUCGGCUACAGUCGCAAUACAAGCAGCGUGUCCCCGCGAGGAUACGUGCCCAGCAGUACUCCCCAGCAGUCCAAUUACAGCACAGUCAGCACUAGCAUGAAUGGAUAUGGAAGUGGCGCCAUGGCCAAUCUAGGGGUCCCUGGCUCGCCUGGAUUUCUUAAUGGCUCCUCCGCUAACUCUCCCUACGGCAUAGUGCCGUCCAGUCCCACCAUGGCAGCCUCUUCGGUCACCCUCCCUUCAAACUGUAGCAGUACACACGGCAUUUUCUCAUUCUCACCUGCCAAUGUCAUCUCUGCAGUGAAACAAAAGAGCGCCUUCGCGCCCGUGGUCCGGCCCCAAGCUUCUCCUCCUCCUUCCUGCACCAGCGCCAACGGGAAUGGACUCCAAGGCUCUCUGCUGGGUGCUGAGGACGUUCCCGUGGAGAAGACAAACUGGCCCUUUUGUGAAGUCGGUGGCAUAUUUCACUUUGAUGAACUAAUGCUCAAAAAAGGAACUGGAAAGCUAUGUCUGGGCUGGUAGUCCCGCCAAUGUGAGGGACUCUUGUUUACCUUCUGCAGCACCCAGCAUCCAAGGACGGACUUCAGGGGACACGUUUAGUAUAUUAAGACAUGCUGAUGGAGACAGUAUCUUCAGAUACAUCAGCAGCAGCUGAAAUGCUACAAAAGACUUUGUUUAAAGAUUUUAUUUAAACUAUUAAGAAUCAACAUGCAAACAAACAACCUACUUCUUCACGAACAAUUCCAUUUUAUUGACUGACUUUUCUCAUAUUUUCACAUUUCUCAGUCCGAAGAAUAAGGAAAACAAAGCGACGCCUAUUUUCUAUCAAGUUUCUGACUCCGUCUUGGCUAUGUCUAGUACUUGCUAUGUGUUGGGAGAAACUUUGUGAAUGCACCAUUUUGGUUAUCAUGAAACACUGAGGGACAAUGCCUCCGACAUUUUUCUGUACUCAUACUUAGAUCCACAAUGGUUGUGUAUCUCUAUAAUGUGAAAUAUUUUUUUGUGGUGAAAAAAGGGGGCCAAGGAGGUAUGAGCCAUCAAACUGGAAGACAGGAUGACGAUGUGACUCGGGGAAUU